AGCAUUGUUUCUUCAUGAUACCAGCAGUGAGGUACUGCACUCUCCGUUGUACGUUUCAUACCCGGAAGACGAAUGAAUGUUACGUGAUGACGUCAUAAUACAGUGUAGCGCGAACGCUUGGAGUAUGAACUGUUCAACCCGAAGGCUAGUUCCAAAAUAAGAAAGCAAUCAUGUCCAAAAUAGACAAGAUGAGCAUCCUGGGGGUGCGAAGCUUUGGAAUUGAGGACAAAGACAAGCAAAUAAUCUCGUUCUUCACUCCCCUUACUGUUCUGGUUGGUCCCAAUGGAGCAGGCAAAACGACCAUUAUUGAGUGCCUCAAGUAUGCUACAGCAGGGGAACUCCCCCCAGGUUCUAAAGGAGGUGCUUUUGUCCAUGAUCCAAAGGAUGCCCAUGAGACAGACGUGCGAGCACAGAUUCGACUUCUGUUCUCUGAUGUCAAUGGAGACAAAGUCACCAUCCAACGUUCCAUGUCCUGCACCCAGAAGGCAAAGAAUUAUUCCUUUAAAAGCCUAGAGCAGGUUAUUAGUCGGAUAAAGGACGGUGAAAGCGUGAGCUUGUCAUCCAAAUGCGGCGAGCUGGAUCGCGAGAUGAUUUCCGCACUCGGCGUAUCCAAGCCCGUGUUGAAUCACGUCAUAUUCUGCCAUCAAGAGGAUUCCAACUGGCCACUCAGUGAGGGCAAGGCCCUCAAAGAAAAGUUUGAUUCCAUCUUCGCUGCAACCAAGUAUAUCAAAGCUCUGGAUACGAUGCGUCAGUUGCGUCUCAAGCAGAGCAACACUGUGAGAGAGUGCCAGGUGGAGUUACGCUUUUUGAAGCAGAACAAGGAGAAGGCCCAGCAGAUUAGAGACAUUGUCGCUAGCAAGGAGGCUCAGCUGAUAGCCUCCAAGGACAGCAUCCAGCUGCUUGAAAGCCAAAUUGAGCCACUGGAAAAUCGGCUGGCAGACAUCGACUUGAAAUUGGGCAAGGUGAUGAAGCUAGACAACGAUAUUAAGGCUUUGGACAGCCGGAGGAAACAGAUGGAGGAGGACAACAAAGAGCUCGAGGAAACAAUGGAACAGGUGUUCCAGGGUUCAACUGAGCAGCUGCAAGAGGUUUACCAGAACCACCAGAGAACAGUGAAGGAGAAGAACCGCAGGCUGACAGACUGCCAAAAAGAGCUGGAGCGAGCCGACAGGGAGUGUCAGAGACUCAACAGGGAAAAGUCAGAUCUCCUGGUGGAACAAGGACGUGUCCAGCUAGAGGCUGACGGCCACACACAAAACAUCAAGACCCGUGACACUCAGGUUCGGUUAUUGUCGUCCCAACUGGAGGUGGAAGGCUACGACCGGCCGCCCUUUACAGGGGUUCAACUCGAGAGCUUUCAUCGUCAUGUCGCUCAGAGACUUGAGCAAGAAAGAGAGACAGUCGCUCAGGUUAUGGCGGACCUGCAGGAAAGGGAACAUCAGAAACAACAGUCAAUUGAUGAGAUCAGGGAUAAGAAGACAGGUCUGGAGAGAACAGUGGAGCUCAAAGAAGACCUGCUGGGAACGAAGCAGAUUGAGCUCCGGAAUGUCCGCACUGAGCUGCAGAGGCUGGAAGGUUCGUCCGGCAGAAUGCAAGAGCUGGAAAACGAGCUGGCAACAGCGGAGCGUGAGCUUCAGAGCACCCUCCAGACGUCCAACGUGGAAGAGCUAAAAGUGGAGGUUGUGCAGCUCCAGAGAGAAAAGGCAGAGCUUGACCGCACACAGAGGCAACUGGACCAAGAGAUGGGAGUGCUGAACUUGCACACGACUGCGCGCACACAGAUGGACAUGUUGACGAAGGACAAGAAAGAGAAAGAGGAGCAGGUACGCAAGAUCAAGUCGCGUCACGGUGAUGAUCUGGUGUCACUGCUGGGCCACUUCCCCAACAAAAGAGAGCUGGAGGACUGGCUUUACUCUAAGUCAAAGGAAAUAAACGGCACAAGGGACAAACUGGCCAAGCUCAACAAAGACCUGGCUUCCAGCGAGCAGAAUAAGAGCCACAUUGCUGCCGAGCUACGUAAAAAGGAGCAGCAGUUGACAAAUGAUGAAGAGAAAUUUUUCAACGUGUGCGGCAGUCAAGAUCUGGAGCAGGACCUGAACAAAGUGCAGGAGGACCUGGAAAAAAUGUCCAAACAAAGAGCCAUGCUCGCUGGAGCCACUGCCGUCUACACUCAGUUCAUCAGCCAACUGACUGAGGAGAGAGAGCCCUGCUGCCCCGUCUGCCAGCGGACGUUCCCGUCGGAGCCCGACCUACAGGAGGUCAUCAGCGACAUGCAGUCCAAACUGCGUUUGGUUCCAGAUAAGCUGAAAAACACCGAGCAGGACUUGAAAAAGAAGGAGAGGAGGAGAGAUGAGAUGAUGACCCUAAGACCAGUCAGGGAGUCCAUCGUGCAGUUACAGGAGAAGGAGUUGCCUGAGCUGAGGAAUCGACUGCAGAGUGUGAACAGGGAUAUCGAAAGGCUGAAAAGUGAUGCGGAGGAGCAGGAGACUGUGCUUGCCAUGUUGAUGUCAGAGGAGGAAACUGCCAAGGCCUGUCAGCAGGACAUCGCUCUUAUGGACCGAUUCCUGAUGGAUCUCAAGGAAGUGGAGAGGAAAAUAGCUCAGAAUGCAGCCAAACUCCAGGGAGUAGACUUGACCAGAAGCGUCCAGCAAGUCAGUCAGGAGAAGCAGGAGACUCAGCUCAAGUUAGACACCACAUCCAGCAAGAUGGAGCUGAAACGGAAGCUGAUCCAAGACCAGCAGGAUCAGAUUCAGAUGCUGAAGAGUUGUGUGAACGAGACCAAAGCGGAGAAACUCCAGCUGAGCAGCGACAUGCAGAAGCAGCAGCAGCUGGAGGAGCAGUGUGUCGAUUUCACCACUGAGAUUCAAACCUUAACCAGGGACAUCCAGGAAGCAAAGGAGCAGCUGUCUCCGUUGCAGUCCACCUUGAAUAAGAUGCAGCAAGAGAAACAGGAGUUGACGGAACGUAAAAGGCAGAAGCAGGAGCAAGGACAGGAGAAGAUUAAUGUGAUCAAAGAGAAAGUAAAGACCAUCUCCAUCUUGGAGAAAGACAUCAACCAGUAUCUUGAAGAGGGCAAACAUAAAUACAAGGAGCAAAAAGAGGCUGCGCUUCAAGCAGCUAGCACCUUGCUCCAUGAGGCUGAACGACACAAGGAGAAGAUCAGCAAAGAGAUAGGAAACAUCCGUCAGGAUAUUGACACGCAAAAGGUUCAGGAGCGCUGGUUACAGGACAACCUGACUCUAAGAAAGCGUGUUGAGGAGCUUAAAGAGGUUGUGGCUAAGCGGGAGGCCCUUUGCAAAGACAUAGGCAACAUGCAAGUGAUGCAGCUACGCCAAGAACGGCGUGAAGCCGAGCGCAAGGUGGAGGACCUAAAGAAGAACCGCAGCAUUGCGCUGGGUCGCCAGAAAGGCUUCGAGGAGGAGUUGCUGCAUCACAAAAAAGAGCUGCGAGAAGACCAAUACAACAAAGCAGACGAACUCUACAAAAACAAGAUGAUCGUAAUGCGCACGACAGAGCUGGUCAUCAAAGACUUGGAUCUCUACUACAAAGCCCUCGAUCAAACCAUCAUGAAGUUCCACAGUAUGAAGAUGGAUGAAAUCAACAAAAUCAUCAGAGACCUUUGGCGCAGCACCUACCGAGGACAAGACAUCGAGUACGUGGAAAUCCGCUCAGACGUGGAUGAGAACUCGUCUGCCGGAGUGAGACGUAGGAUUUACAACUAUCGAGUCGUUAUGGUAAAAGGAGACACCGUUUUGGAUAUGAGGGGACGCUGCAGUGCUGGCCAGAAGGUGUUGGCCUCUCUUAUUAUCCGUCUUGCCUUGGCGGAGACCUUCUGUCUGAAUUGCGGGAUCCUGGCACUGGAUGAGCCCACCACCAACCUGGACAGAGAAAACAUUGAAUCACUGGCACACGCCCUUGUUGAGAUCAUUAAGAGUCGUUCCCGCCAGCGCAACUUCCAACUGCUGAUCAUCACGCACGACGAGGACUUUGUGGAGCUGCUGGGCCGCUCCAGUUACAUCGAACACUUCUAUCGCAUCCGCAAGAACCAGGACCAGAACUCUGAAAUCACCAAGUGCAGCAUCAGCUCCCUCUCCUCCUAUCUGCACUGAUUAUGCCGUCACAGUCGUACAGUAACUCCCUUUUGGUUUCAUCAAUACCUGUUGGAUAUUCCAUUCAUGUUUGUUCACCACAGAAGAAAUCCCCUGAAUCUACACAAAAAAACGUUCUUUGAAUAAAAAUUUAAUUUUUCUGUGCUUUUGGUUUGGUUCAUUUUUUGGGGUGUCUGAAUUAACCAAAACAGAGACAUAAGACUUAAGAAUGUGUCUGGAGAUCGUUGAAAACUGCAUUUUGAUUUUGCCAAAUGAAUGAUAUAAUUUUAUGGUAAACUAUUCAAAUGGCUUUAAAAAGCUGCGUUGUUGUCAAAACCAGCUCACAAAAAAAUGACGAGUGCUAUACAAAAACGUCAUUCCCCUUCAACUUUAAAUGUUGCUAGAACUAAUUGAUUGCAAAUCUAAUAGUGGGACGAGAUGUAAAAAUGGCCACUAAUAUUUUGACCUAAUAUGGCACUCAAAUUCAAAGAAACGCAUCUCAUUUUGUUGGAAACAUAAUCAAGCAAAUCUUAUUUCCUGUGUACUGCAAGAGUCACUUUUUUUAAGGAGGGGGGUUGGGGGGGGGGACACACCAUCAAAGGGGUGGGGUAAGAUGAGUAUAAGUCCCGUGCUCGCGAUUGAGGUGUCAGAAUGAGCUCGUAGCUGCCAAUUGAAGCGAUUUCUCGAUUCAAGCUCAUUCCUACAACAAAAAUGAUGAUGAUGAUGACAGUGGCGCUCCUGAUGAUGUCCUCCGCAGCCUUGCUGGGCCAUCCAGCUCCAACCAAGCCCACCCGUGAAAGAGUUGAGGAUAAACUCAAACCUAUCAUCGACCUGUUUGAUCGCAACAUAUCAUUACCCAUGGGAGACUUUCAGAAUUUGAGACAUCUGGCACAAGGAAACAAAAAAUGUGAGGCCAAGUUCUUCUGCAAAGUUCACGAGCUGAUGGACAAGUCUCAAGCGACCAAGGAGAUUGCCAGACAUUUGAAGGUGUACAAUAAUCUGAAAGAAUUCAAAUGCAAAGAAGUGCGCCAGCAUGUGCAAGCGACGGGCAACAAAUACCCAAUGUCUUUUCUCAUGGAAGAUCUAAUCGGAUGCAUCCGAUACAAAAUCACAAAAGGCCCAGCGAGCAUCACCGCACCCCCCACCAAUGCAACCCAGCCAUCUGAAUAGAUGCAAAGGUCACCUUGAAAAUGUUUACAUGAAUGAUGUUUUCCUCAGGUUUAAAUGUGUUCCCCUUGGUUUAUAAAACAGCUACUGUACUUCAUCAACUUGAACAGCGUUGAAUCGCUGCAACCCCCAAUCUCUUGGAUCUCAUCUAUUUAUUUUAUACUGUGUAUUUAAAGGGCACAUUUAAUGUAUUCCUAUCAAAUAAAAGAGAAAAUUAAAUCUUAUUGCCCAGUCAUGAAA